AAUGCAAAAUUACAAAUAGUACAUUUUCAUCUUUUUCUCCUCUCUUCCACUCAAUCAAUCUCACAAUGUCCACCUCACAAUUCCCUUUAAAAAGAGCUACUACUACCCCUUAAAAAAACCCACCAAGCUCCUGCAUUAUAUUAGUUGUUUAGCUAGUAGCUAUAGUAUAGCUAUGGCUUCCAAGAACCUCUCUACCUGCAUUUUGGUCUUCUCUCUCCUUUUCUUCUCAGCAUUCUCUAAUGGUUGUGUUCCUUGCAAGCCCAAGCCUCCCCCUUAUGCUCCAACUUGCCCUAGAGAUGCACUGAAGCUAGGGGUUUGCGCAGACCUGCUUGGACUUGUUAACAUUGUAGUUGGAAGCCCUCCUUCAGGAAGCAAGUGCUGUGCUCUACUUGAAGGUUUGGCUGACCUUGAAGCUGCCUUGUGUUUAUGCACCGUCAUUAAAGCUAGUGUGCUUGGAAUCAACUUGAACGUGCCAAUUACUCUUAGCUUGCUUCUUAGUGCAUGUGCCAAAUCAAUUCCCCCAGGCUUCCAAUGUGCAUAAGAAUAAUAAAUAAGAGAUCUGGCCAUUAAUUUUAUGCUUUGUGCUUAAAACUCUUAUGGUUGUUAAUGUAGAUUCUGAAAGCUUUCUUUUUGGGCUGCCCUAGAGAAUGUCCUGUUUGUAUUUUUUUUACUCCUUUUCUAAUUGAUGUGUGAUUAGCAA